ACAGUGGUCGCGCCUGGUGGCUGGUGCCUGGCUAUGCAUAGCGGCGAUAAGCUCUCGCACCGCUGCGUCAUUAAAGUACGACGCGACACGAGCGAAAGCGGGCGUUUACAUUUCGCUGAAUCGCAACGUUGAUAUUUUACAAGCAAAGCGGGAGCAGCGCGAUUUACCGUCGCAAGAUUUCCUAAACUAAAAGAAACAAUAAUUUCGCUUGUGAAGCACCUUUGAGUGCCAAAAAAGGUAGUUGUCGCCGUUAAUGAACAACUAAAUAACAACUAAUUCGGUUGAAGUCCCCAUUUAAAGGAGAUGCAGAAUCCCGCGUGAAGUCUCGCAGAAAGGCGCGUGGGCAUUGUGAUUUUAAGCGGAGUGUACAUAUGUAUAUGUAUUGAGCGCGGCUGCUGUGCGUGCGUGUGUGCGCAAUUAAACGCUUUGAGGCACAUUAUGGCGUUGACAGCUUGUCAAUUCAAGCGCAACCGUUACGCUACACCAACACAGUUGCGGCAUCGCCAGCGCUGCUGUUGCUUAUAACCGAUUCACAAUUGCGGUCUCGUUUGUCGGUGUCACUACUCAUCUGAAACUGCGGAUGCACUCUUCCUCAGUGGGAACUGUCAGCCGAUCGAAUGGUGCGGGUUUAGUGUCUCAUACAUUGUGAAGUUAGUGAAGCGUUGCCACAUGUCAAUUGUGUUUGCAUUGUUAUCACCGCAGCUAGUAAAUCAAGCAUUUAUUUGUGUUAACGAGUUGUCGGGAUUUCAAUUAACCAACAAACCGCGAAGUGUUUUCUUGCCACAAGCUGGGCCUCUCAACCAUUGUGUAUUAAUUUAAAAGUGGCGCUGGCCAGCAUUCGGUCUAACCGUUAUCAAGUGAUAGUUGCAUUUCCUGUUUGGAUCGGUCGCACGAAUUUCGCUUUCAAUUCGCGCGCGCGUACUAACACUCGUUCGUGAUAGAUUGUGUUGAUCGCUGUUUCGCAAAUGGUCACGUGCAGUCGUCAACCGUUCAACAUGCUGCCAAUGGCGCCUAUUAAUCCAUUUGUCGUGGGUCUAACCCCAUCAUCUAUGGCAGCAGCUGCAGCGGCAGCAGCCGCAGUCGCCGUGUCCACGGCGCAGUCUGAAGACAUUGCAACCACCACCACAACCAUGGGAACAGCUACCGUUACUACUGCGUCGAUUAAACCAAAGUUGGCGUUCAGUAUCGAUUCUAUUGUUGGCAGUAAUGUCAACAGUAGCACCAACAAACGCGAUAUUAGCGGUUCUGCGCAUCCAACGGACUUACGGCCUAUGCGACCAUCUGCUAUUUCUCCACCACUCUCUUCCUCGCAACGCAGUGACAGUCCCGAUGAACGCACAAAUGGUGAGCGCGAUCGGAGUCGUCUAUUGCUCGCCUAUGAGCGACCUCCAAGCCGCAUAAGCCUCAGCCACAGCGAAGACUCUCAUCAUUGCCAACAGCCAAUAGAAUUAAGGAAUAACUUUUCUGUUAACUAUCGUCCCAUCAACUCAGCGGCGGAUCAGCAUUCAACUGCUUUAUCACGGCCACCAUUGGGACUUAUUUAUUGCCGCCGGCGUUCCAUAUUGGAUUAUUCACCAGAACGAGAAUGCAGUAGUCCGUCCAUGACCGGCAGGUGCCGAUCACGCACUAGGUCCCGCUCUCCUUCCCGCCAGUCAGUAGUAUCUUCUCAAGAGCACAAUGCCACCGUUAACCGAAGUCGAAGUCCAUCGCCUUCACCAACACCGCCACAUAGCCGCACUACACCACGAUCACCACAAACGCCAAGUAGCGGUGGCGUCACAAUUGGCGAGCUUAACAAGCGACCAAUUCAUGUGCCUGGUAUACCAGCAGGUCUGAUUCGUCCAUUACCUCUACAAGCUCCACAAAGUUUAGCUUUACUUCAGUCUGGCAAUGCUGGCGGCGGAGCUCCCGUGUCUUUAGAAGGUAGUAACACGCCAACGAUACAAGCCCCUGGACCUCCACCUCUAUCACAACCCCUUGGUAUGCCGCCACAACCCUCGACGUCCGGUGUGGUUGCACCACCACCCCCACCUUCCAAUCCACACUUUUUGGCCGCUCAGUUCCAAAUGGCUGCUGCCUUGGCGCACCAUCACCAUCAGCAGCAACAACAACAACAUCAUCCAGGUGCUCAUCUGCCAAGCGGUCAUCCGAUGGCCCUGUUCCCUCCCGGCCCUCAUCAUCCUCACUUCGGCGGCCCACACAUGAUCCGCGAUAGUUACCCUCUCUACCCCUGGCUGCUCAGUAGACAUGGACGGAUAUUCCCACAUCGAUUUCCCGGCAAUUUCUUACUGCAGCCCUUUCGUAAACCAAAACGUGUGCGAACUGCAUUUUCACCUACCCAACUUCUGAAGCUGGAGCACGCCUUCGAGAGUAAUCACUAUGUGGUCGGAGCCGAACGGAAGCAGUUGGCGCAAGGACUGAGUCUCACGGAGACGCAGGUCAAGGUUUGGUUUCAAAAUCGUCGCACCAAACACAAGCGCAUGCAGCAAGAGGGCGACAGUGAUUCAAAGAGUCAGAAGGGCAGUCAAGCUGGAGACAAUGAUGCGAACAAGAAUGACAGUUCACAGAAUAGUUUCGAAGAUCAAGAGGAGGAUGAUGAGGAGGACCUAAUCGAGGAGGAUGAGGAUGAAGUCAUCGAUAUGGAUGAUUAUGGCAGCGAAAUGGAUGCGGAAGAGCACCAGCGAUUGCGAGAACAGUUUCAGCAACAGCUGCAGCAGCAUCAUGAGCAAUUGCAGCAUAUCCAGCAGCAGCAACAACAGCCACAAGGCCCAAUGCAACAACUACAUCGUGAACAACGAGAUUUCAGGGUGCAACAGCAGCAACAACAACAACCACACCAACAAUUUAUACAACAUCAACAGUUUUUGCAUCAACAAGUACAACAGCAAAAGCAACUUCAUUUACAACAACAACAACAGCGGCAGCAGCAGCAACAGCAGCAAUAGCAGCCGGGACAGCCAUGAUUGCAGUAACUCAAGUGUGAAGCUCAGGCCGCCGAAGAGCUGGUUCACUUACCCACAGCUAAUUGUGGCCACUGGGCGUGGUGG